AUGUCAAGUGGUAAUGGAGAAAUAGAAUCAGACAUAAGUGAUUUAUUCGUCAAAAAUCUAGCAUUUUAUUUGAAAUUGAAUGCUAAAUAUCAUGUACCCUCUAGCACUGUUCAAAAAGUUAUCGAAGAAAUGCAAUCGAUGCACAGCAUAUCUCAAAACUUAUUAAAGCAGC